AUGAGGUUCGACCACUAUGAGAAUGAAACCGUGGUGGACCUGGUGGAGGAAUACGAACAGGAGGUGAGUUGGGGGUAUUUUGAUUUAUUUAACAGGGGAAGUACUCCAACUGCGACGCUCAAAUUUUCUUUAGAUUUUGCACACACGUCGGGUAUGGACUAAAUAUCAAUUCCCGAAAGUUUGAGCUCGCGCUUUGGGGGCUCCGCCGAGAUAUCGAACGAUUUUUGCCGCCGAGAGAGCGCGCUAAACAUGGAAAUCGGUCAGAGAGAAAAACGCUUUUUGGCCAUAACUUUGGCAGUUUCGUGCGGAAAAAUUUGAUUUUUUGUAGAAACAUUAUCCUUUACGGUAGAAACAGGCAUGAAACUUUUCGUGCCGAAAUUCGGCAAAAAGUCCUAAAUUUUCGCCGAUUUUCAAUCUAAAAAUCUCGGUUGUUUCUGCAAAGCGCGAGCUAGGAUUUUCGCAUAUAUCUUAGAAAAAAAUGUUCUAAAUUUGUGACAAGUUUCAUCAAUAUCUGAGCGUCGCACUUGGAGUACUUCCCCUGUAAGUUUAAUUUUAAACACAUCAAUUUCAAUUUGGAAAUGUGUGGCAUUGAGGAAUGUUUAUAAAAUUUGGUACAAAUGAAGCUGUCUGAGGGGGUUUACAAAUUGCUAGCCUGCGCUUUACAAAGAUAACUGAGCUUCUUAGGUCCCGAAUUGCACAAAAUUCUACAAUUUUUAUGGACUUGAAAUUGUGAAAAAUUACAAAACUUUUUCUCAUAUGAUUUAAAACCUUGCACAGUAUUAUAAUACCUUGCAAAUAAAUGAUGAUUUUUCAAGCGGAUCCUCAUGAGUAAAACCGUAAAGGGUUCUUAAAAAUUUUCAUUUUGGUUUCUGCAAAACGCGGCCUUACCCAAAAAUGCUCUUAAAAAGCAUAAUAUUAGUCUUGUUUUGGGCCAGGCGUAAAAAAAAUUUGGCAGUUCAAUCAGUUCCCUUGUAAAAUACGCAAUUCGAACCGAUCAUUUAUUUUAAUUUUCUAUCUAAAGUUCAAUGAUAAUGUGCCCUCAACUUUCUCCCAUUUUCAUUUUAAAAUACGUAUCGGUUUUCCAUACUGUAUGGUAAAAAUAACGUCUCCGUCAUUCCAAACGCCCGACAAAAUUCAAGCCGGAAACUCCUGGCAUAUCGGAUGUAAUGGGCCAAUUUUUUCCUUAUCAUUUAGGUCUUUGGACAGAAAGCAUUGUAAAAAAACGUUUUUAAAAUUAAAAACUUUUUCAGAUAUCACGUGAACAAACAAUAAUCGCUUGGUUUUGUGUGCUGAGCUACGUUUUGUCCACCGUCCUUUGCAUUGUUUCGUUGAGGAUUUUCCGGCAAUAUCAGUAAGUUAUAAGAUUUAAAAAAUAAAAAAAAAUUUUUUAAUUUUUUUUUUAUUUUUGAAAAAAAGAAAUAUUUUUUUCAAUUUUUGACACUUUUUCAUCGUUUGGAAUUAACAAAUUUUUUUUUUUUUGAAUUUCAAAUAUUUCUCGGAUUUUUUCUACUUGGACUCUCAAUUUUCAGAAAGCUCUGGUGCCUCCGAAACGUGAUCCAUUUCAAUUUCAUCCUCUGCAUCGCCAUCCACAAUGUCGCAUGGCUUCUAGCGCUGUUCAGCAACUUCCUGGAGACCUGGAGAUGUGUGGUGACCUUUGUUUUGUUCGAAGUCAUCAAAUUCUGCGUGACGUCCGGUUUUUGUUGGAUGUUCGUGGAGGGGUUUUAUUUGUACAUGAGUGUGAUGCAUUGUUUGUACGCCUACAAGAUCAAUUACUGGCUGUGCGCCUUCGUCGGAUGGGGGCUUCCGUUGGCGCUGAGUGGGCGGACCUUGUUCGAGUUCUUCAUUACCCAGCCUUUGGAGGAUGUUAUGAAGUAAGGAAAAUAGGAAUAAAAAGGUGAAAAAAAGGUAUCCCAAAGGGAAAAAAAGGGUCACAAAAGUAUCAAAAAAAAUGUAAUUUGCAAUCAAAAAGUUAUCAAAAAAUUUGAAAAAAUAUCUCAAAAAUGAUUGUUUUACAGCAAAAAAUAUUGAAAUGUCAUGAAAAAUAUAUAAUUCAUGCCAAAAAAUAGAGCCCUAAUUUUCAUGAAAGGUCUUUUUCAAGUCCUAAAAAUUCUAUAAUACUUUGUUUGAAACAAAAUUUUUGAUAUUUUCAUCUAUCUUUCCACAUUUUCCUUGCUAUAAAACUCUAUGAAAAUGAUCAUUCUGAUGACCAAAAACAAACUACCCAUAUACUUUCAGUUGUGCCUACACGGAUGAAUCUUUGGACAACUGGUCGGUGGCUUUGAUCAUUGGCAUCAUCAUGGUGAGUUUGGCCGGUUUUAAGUGAUUUUUGUAAGGAUGGCGUGGCCUACAAAAUUGACAUCAGACUUGUUUGGCGAAAUUGGGAGUCCUUUCUCCUUGAAAAUGAAGGGAACUUUGUCUGUUUCCCAUAUUUUGUCGCCGUACUUGAAGGUUGAAAUGCCCUAAAGCAACGGCUGUUUCGCGGGCUACAAAAGUUUUUGGCAAAAAAUCAAAUUUUGUUUAGAAGGUUAAAUUCAGUUCUCAGUAUUUCCUAGAAGCGACAUUAUGGUAAAUUUGAAGCCAAGCACAGUAGAAGCUCUGUAAAAUAUAUUGGGUUGAUGUAUAAUUAUCCGGCGUUUAUAUUGGCGCGUUUUUUGUUAGUGAAAAUUGGCGUUUUGUUAAUUUUUUUCAUAGAAAUAAUCUUCUCUAUUUGUUAAUAAAAAUAAGAAUAAAAAUAAUAAAAAAAUUUUGUUUCGUUGCUGAUAAUUUGUUGUACAAAGGCGGCUCUAUUAGGCCCCAACCGCCUUGCAAUUCCCCUUGGAUUUUAUACAUGAAAUUCCUUCCAGAUCAACCUCAUAAUCCUCGUUGUCAUUAUCUACGUUCUCAUUGCAAAGUUCCGCAAAGUUGAGCAAAAGGAAUGGAAAACCAUCAGCCAAUUACUGCGCGCCCUUUUGUUCCUCUGCCCUCUUCUCGGAAUCAGCUACAUCUUCACAAUCUACCAGCCCCAAGAGCCGUUGUGGUUGGCAAAAUUGGUGGUCUAUUACACGUUGGUAAUCAACUCAACGCAAGGAAUCUUCAUCUCCGUUUGCUUCUGUUUCUGCAAUGAUGAGGUGGGUAAAAUACGACGUUUCUUUUGGAUGUUCCUGAUACGUAAAAAUGAAUAUUUAUUUGUUCUUAUUGCAGGUCCGAACGUCUAUUACUCGCUCAGCCCGUCAGACAUACUACUCAUUGUCGGUUCGAGUUCAUGAGCUGCGGAGGAAAAGCUUGGAUGGAAGUCAACUGACCUUCUUGGGAAGCCCAUAA